CUUUCCCACCUGCCAUACUCUUACACCAAACACCAGCAUAUAGCAUCUCAACCACGCCAAAACUCAUCCAACACCUCAUCUCUAUUAUCCGAAAACAAAAAUAUACAAACAAUCAACCAACCAAUCACCUAAAAAUGCCACCACCACCACCAUCCCAACAUUCCCCCCUCACCUUCCGCCAAAAACUCGCCAGUAACCCUCUAACCCUCCCAAUAAUCCUACUCUGGCUACUCGGUAUAUUCGACUACUGGAUCUACAAUUCCUACGCCUUGGCUUUCCCCAUGAGAGUUUGGGUUUGGAGUGUUAAUCUAGGGGUUGGCAUGGUGGUUUUGGGUAUGUGGGGGGCUAGGAGGGGGUGAAGUGGGUGGGAGUGAGGAAAAAGGCUUGAGGAGAGGGGGGACGAGGAGAGGGGAUGAGGAGCGGGGGAAGGGAGGGAUUGGAUGAUGGUAGGGUCACUGUAGGAUCCUUGGAAGAGGUAGGGACAGACAGGGGGUUAUAGGAAGUGAUUGAGUAUGAUAUUGAAGUAUGCAAGUUGGGGAUGGCUCUGGCUUAUUGGCAUACAUACUAGAUUGGGAAGGAUGAUUACAGACUGUUCGAAGCAAGGCACCAGGCGAAAAUUUCCAGCGUCUUGGUGCUAUCCAAGGCACAAUCGAUAUAAGCCUUUGAGGUCAAACUUCUC